UGAACAUAGAUCAUUGGUCUAACCCAUCCACUGAAAUUAUACAUAAAACCUACACUCCAAAAAAAGACCAGUAGGGUAUCGAUUCGAAGGGUUUCCUCUGCUCUUAUUUUUUUCAUCCGAUCUCGUCUCUUGUCCCUUCUCGAGAUCAAAUCCCAAGGUAAAUAUGGGUGUAGUACAGAACAUUACCGAUAUGGAGGAGGGAACUUUGGAGGUUGGCAUGGAAUACAGAACUGUAUCCGGAGUUGCAGGACCACUAGUAAUACUGGAAAAAGUCAAGGGUCCUAAAUAUCAAGAAAUUGUGAAUAUACGACUUGGGGAUGGUUCAACAAGGCGUGGUCAGGUUCUGGAAGUUGAUGGAGAGAAAGCUGUGGUUCAGGUUUUUGAAGGAACUUCCGGCAUUGAUAACAAGUACACCACCGUGCAGUUUACAGGGGAGGUUUUAAAAACUCCUGUUUCAUUGGAUAUGCUUGGGCGCAUUUUUAAUGGCUCUGGGAAACCUAUAGAUAAUGGCCCACCUAUUUUACCCGAAGCCUACUUAGAUAUUUCUGGAAGUUCUAUUAAUCCGAGUGAGAGAACUUAUCCUGAAGAGAUGAUACAGACUGGUAUAUCUACUAUUGAUGUCAUGAACUCCAUUGCUCGAGGGCAGAAGAUUCCUCUCUUCUCUGCUGCUGGGCUUCCUCAUAAUGAAAUAGCUGCUCAGAUUUGUCGUCAGGCUGGGCUUGUCAAGCGUUUGGAAAAAACAGAAAAUCUCUUGGAGGGUGGAGAAGAUGACAAUUUUGCGAUAGUGUUUGCAGCUAUGGGAGUAAACAUGGAAACAGCACAAUUUUUCAAACGUGAUUUUGAAGAAAAUGGUUCUAUGGAGAGAGUGACUCUCUUUCUAAAUCUGGCAAAUGAUCCCACAAUUGAACGUAUCAUCACUCCUAGAAUUGCUCUUACCACAGCAGAAUAUUUAGCUUAUGAGUGUGGGAAACAUGUCCUUGUCAUCCUAACCGACAUGAGUUCAUAUGCUGAUGCUCUUCGUGAGGUAUCUGCUGCUCGAGAGGAGGUGCCAGGUAGACGUGGUUAUCCUGGGUAUAUGUACACUGAUCUGGCAACAAUAUAUGAACGUGCUGGGCGUAUUGAAGGAAGGAAGGGCUCCAUUACUCAAAUACCUAUCCUAACUAUGCCUAAUGAUGAUAUCACACAUCCCACUCCCGAUCUUACUGGUUAUAUUACUGAAGGUCAAAUAUACAUUGAUAGGCAGCUCCACAAUCGACAGAUAUAUCCACCUAUUAACGUCCUUCCUUCCCUCUCGCGAUUGAUGAAGAGUGCUAUUGGUGAGGGAAUGACCCGUCGUGAUCAUUCUGAUGUGUCCAACCAGUUGUAUGCCAAUUAUGCUAUUGGGAAGGACGUUCAGGCUAUGAAAGCAGUUGUCGGAGAGGAGGCACUCUCGUCUGAGGAUCUGCUCUACCUAGAGUUCCUGGACAAGUUUGAGAGAAAGUUUGUCACUCAAGGAGCAUAUGAUACCCGCAAUAUUUUCCAGUCGCUUGAUCUUGCAUGGACCCUCCUUCGUAUCUUUCCUCGUGAGCUUCUUCAUCGUAUCCCUGCAAAGACCCUCGAUGCAUUCUACAGCCGAGAAGCAGCACAUUGAACUGCCAGUGUAGAGAGGUUUCUUCCUAAUAGUUUUUACUGUGAGUUGCAUAUCUUUAAAUAAGGUGGGUAUUCUUUUGAACCCUGAUUCAGUCUUUUUGCUAGAUAGUUUCAUUCUUUUGAGCCAAGUUCAGAAGUUGUUUCAUCUGUCUGGCUCUUGUAAUGUUGAAUAUUUAUGUACUGGGGACAGAGGUAAUGUAUCCCAUAAAUACAUGGUUGCUUCAACAUGUAUUAUUAAAUCCUAUUAUUUUUGCAUUAAAGAGACAUUUUAAUUUUUCUGCUUGUACGAGAUAUUGAAUAAAGAAAAGAGAGCCAGAUUCUUAACC